AUGAAGUGCCGAUUCCUGAUCCAUUUUACUAACCUCAAUAUUUGUCUCCUACUCUAUUAUUUAUAUCAGGUCCGUGUAAAUGUCAGCAAUAAUAAUCUGGCCAUCCUGAUCUACUUGAUGAGGCUUGUGAAGGCUCUUAUUGAUAAUCCUCACCUCUGCCUUGAACCCUAUCUUCAUCUACUCGUACCCACUGUAACCACCUGCGUGCUUUGUCGACAGCUUUGCGCCAAACCAAUAACCGACAAUCACUGGGCAUUGCGCGACUUUGCUGCUAAACAAUUGGCAACACUAUGUCAACGGUAG